AUGUCUCACCAAAAUUUUGCAGAACACGAGUCAGUCACAAAGCAAUGGAGCAAUUUGCGUAUGGCAUUGAAUUACCGCACGGGUCCCGUAUCAUGCACGGGAAGAGAGUUAAUACCAGGAAUGCACUACCUGCCGAAUUAGGCGUACCGGGAACGCUGCACAUUUUUAAUGAAGGCCAUGCAGGGGACCAAGCCAUCCCUUGUUUUGGAGGCGCUUUUGGUGUCUUUCCCUUCGACACGACCGUUCGUAUGCCACGACACGUUCAUAUCUCUCUCGGGGCAGAAAACAAACGAUACGUUAUGGAGAAAAUCCUGGUUAUGAAUGGGGUCGCCCUGGCUGAAUUAGCGGGCGAGCUUUUUGUCAUCCCUCCGAUGACCUCAGUCUUGAUCGCACCGGGAGUUCCACACACCUGGACUGCAGCCCCAAAAGGAUUAGAUUUGCAGGAGCUUGGCGUUUGCGAUAGCACCAUUGUGUCAGAGGGCAAAUUUGAUGCGGUGUUUGAAUACGAGGACAAGACAGGGUUUUUUCCAACUGCACAAACGCAACGGUUACAUGAUAUUGCCGAUUACGAGGCUUGCGACCUAGUGGAGCCUAUAAGAAUCCCAGAAAUCAGUAUUAAAGAUAUUAUCAAGAGCGCAUGGUUCGUCUGGGAUGGAAAUAUCCGAAAGCUGUCGGGGGAAACACUAGAGGUUAGAUGAAAUAUGUACCGUUCUUAGCCUUGCAAUAGCCACGAAACGAAUUGGAUCUUAGCAAAAACCACUUCAUGCGAGAAGAGGCUACGUGAGAGUUCAUUCAAGAGCAAAGCCGCAGAAUUGCCGACAAUCCAGCCAAAUUUUGCUAGACCCACAAAGACUGGCCACCCACGGAACUCGGGGGGGAUUGAAUACAAUCAAUUGCCUAGUCGAACCUUCUACUGGAGUUUGGUUUUCAAAUCAG